AUGGGCGUGUCUCUCCAAUCAUUGGCCAUCCUCGGUCUCGCUGGCUUGGCUGCGGCGGUGGCUGUUCCGAAGACUAGGAACUAUGCCGUCGACAGAUCAUACAGCGAGAUGUCUGACCUUGGCACCAACUACAAAGUCUUUGAGCAUGCGGCGACGAACUCCAGGACGAGGUUCGUCACCGAUUCGAAAAUUUGCGAGACCACCCCGAAUGUGAAGCAGUACUCUGGAUACUUCGACGUUGGCACUGACCAGAACAUGUUCUUUUGGUUUUUCGAGGCUCGCGACAAACCAAAGGAGGCUCCUGUUGCUCUCUGGCUGAACGGCGGACCUGGUUGCAGCUCCAUGCUUGGCCUCUUCCAAGAGAAUGGACCAUGCACUUUCAAUGGAGGCGGUGACGAGCCCAAGUUGAACCCGAACUCGUGGAACAACUACGCGAACAUGCUCUACGUAGACCAGCCAAUCGGUGCUGGUUUCAGCUACGGCACAAAUGAUGUUGACUCGACUGUCAAAGCGGCGCCGAAGGUCUGGUCCUUGAUGCAGUCAUUCUACACCCAGUUUCCGGAGUACAAGAACCGGGAUUUCGGAUUAUUCACGGAGUCGUACGGCGGACACUACGGACCGGAGUUCAUUGAUCAUUUCCAGGCCCAAAAUGCCAAGAUCGACAAGGGUGAAAUCAAGGGUGAGAAGAUCAAGGUGGUCGCAUUGGGAAUCAACAACGGUUGGAUCGAUGCUCGCAACCAAUACCGCGACUACUUGGACUAUGCCAUCAACAACACAUACAAUAAGCUAAUUGACCAAGCCAAGUAUGAUGAGCUCGCCAAGGCUUACGACAAGGACUGCGCUCCCGCUAUGGAGAAGUGCAUGGGCAAGGAGGGAAACACUGAGGCCUGCGUCGCCGCCGAAAAUGCCUGCUUCAACGCCAUUGAAGCUCCGAUUGAGGCCAUCAAGCAGUUCAAUGUCUACGAUGUCCGCGCCAAGGAUGACAAGUUCCCGCCUAACACCUAUAUGAAGUACCUCAACAAACCUGAGGUGAUGAAGGCUAUCGGCGCCAAGUCACAGUACCAAGAGUGCCCCCAAGCCCCGUACGACAAGUUUACCGCUAGCGGAGAUGGUCAACGCUCUUUUCUUGAGACACUGGGCAACAUCGCCAAGACUGAUACGCAAGUCCUUGUCUGGGCAGGUGACGCUGAUUGGAUCUGCAAUUAUAUUGGCAAUUACCGAGCCGUGACACGCAUUGGAGGGCCGGAGUUUGAGAAGGCUGAGAUGAAGGAUUUCACGCUAGACGGAAAGAAGAAGGGAGAGUAUAAGAGCGUGAAGAAUCUGAGUUGGCUGAGAGUAUUUGAGGCUGGCCAUGGGUUGAUGUCUUAUCAACCAGAGGUUGCUCUGUCUGCUUUCAAGCAAACGAUGAUGAAGAAAGCAAUUUCCUCCCCAUGA